GGCUGUAUCGGGUCAUGUGACGGGCUCCAAGAUGGCGGCGCAGUGCUGACUACCUGACGGGGCAGAGUCCCCCCCAGUGUCUGUGAGAGCGUAGUGGGGACAUGCAGGAGCCGGGAAAGGGGCACAAGACCAAGAGCAUGUUCCUGUCCCGGGCCCUGGAGAAGAUCCUGGCCGACAAGGAUGUCAGGAAGGCCCAGAACGCACAGCUGAAGAAGGCGUGCGAGGUGGCCCUAGAUGAAAUAAAAUCUGAAUUGGAACCGCAGAAUGAUGGAUCAGCUGCACUCUCCAAACCUAAAUUCAUUGAAGCCGACAAGUAUUUCCUUCCAUUUGAGUUGGCCUGUCAGUUAAAGUCCCCUCGUGUUGUCAGCACAUCCCUGGACUGCCUGCAGAAACUAAUCGCUUACGGACACAUUACUGGCAAUGCUCCAGAUAAAGGAAUUGCUGGGAAACGUCUCAUCGAUCGUAUAGUAGAUACAAUCUGCAAUUGUUUCCAAGGACCCCAAACAGACGAAGGGGUGCAACUCCAAAUAAUUAAGGCUCUCCUGACUGUGGUCACAUCCCCUUUCGUUGAGAUCCAUGAGGCCACGGUCCUCCAAACUGUUCGAACAUGUUACAACAUAUAUCUGGCCAGCAAAAAUCUGGUGAAUCAGACAACUGCUAAAGCCACACUCACUCAGAUGCUGAACGUCAUUUUCAUCCGGAUGGAAACUCAGGCUGUACAAGAACUUCGAGAUUAUGAAAAACAACAACAUAAAGUGCAUUCCCCUGCAGCUCACAAAUUAUCUGGUUCUCCCCUUAUUGGACCAAGAAUACAUAUCCUUCAGCAGAGUGAGCCCCCUAUGCCUAUUACUGGUGAUGGAAUAAAUGGAGGUCAGAACAAAGAUUGCCGAGCAGAAACUGACAUCAGGACAUGUGCAGAUGAAGAGACAUUGGGCCACAUGGAUAGAAUUCAGGAGUCACUGGGUGAUGUAGAUGGAGUUCCGGAGAAAUCUGGUUGCGUGCAUGGGGUUGAGGACACGUUGGGUCACACAGAGGAAGCUAGGGAGACAUUGGGUCGUGCGGAUGGAAUUCGGGAGAUGUCUGAAACUGUGGGUGGCGUCCGGGAGGUGUCUCAUCCUGUGGAUGAUGUCCAGGAGGUGUCUGAUCCUGUGGAUGGCAUCCGGGAGACGUCUGGUCCUGUAGAGGGCGUUCGGGAGAUGCAGGGUAAUGUGGAUGGCAUUCAUGGAACGUCUGACCGUGUAGAUGAGGUUCAGGGCACUGCUGAGUUUAACAGUAAAGAGCUGGAAGAGAAAGAGAACAUUAUGCGUGAUCCAAAACCCACUGAUUUCUCUCCUCCUGAGAACAUCCAGACUAAUGGAAUAGCAGAUGACGGGCGGUCUUUGUCUUCAACCGAUAACCUGGAAACUGAUUCUCUCCACGGUCAACACUCUGGUGCUAGAUUCUCCCACAUCCUCCAGAAAGACGCCUUUCUUGUGUUCCGCUCCCUCUGUAAGCUUUCCAUGAAACCCCUUGGGGAUGGCCCACCAGACCCCAGGUCCCACGAGCUGCGUUCUAAGAUUAUCUCCCUCCAGCUCCUCCUGUCAGUAUUGCAGAAUGCCGGCCCUGUUUUUAGGACUCAUGAAAUGUUUAUCAAUGCAAUCAAGCAAUACCUCUGUGUAGCCUUAUCUAAAAAUGGGGUGUCCUCAGUUCCUGACGUCUUUGAACUCUCCCUAGCCAUAUUCCUCAGUCUGCUAUCCAAUUUUAAGAUGCACUUAAAAAUGCAAGUAGAGGUUUUUUUUAAAGAAAUCUUUUUAAAUAUAUUGGAGACUUCAACAAGUUCAUUUGAGCACAAGUGGAUGGUGAUACAGACUCUGACAAGGAUUUGUGCAGAUGCUCAGUGUGUCGUGGACAUUUACGUGAACUAUGACUGUGACUUAAAUGCUGCUAAUAUAUUUGAACGACUUGUAAAUGAUUUGUCUAAAAUCGCUCAGGGAAGGAGUGGCCAUGAGCUUGGAAUGACGCCUUUACAGGAGCUCAGUCUUCGGAAGAAGGGUCUGGAGUGCCUGGUCUCCAUACUGAAAUGUAUGGUUGAGUGGAGCAAGGACCUCUAUGUCAAUCCUAACCACCAGUCCAUCCUUGGUCAAGAGAAAUCCUCUGAUUUUGAGAGCAGUGAAAAUAAAACCCCAGAAAUCUCAGCACGCAGAAGCAGCGCUAGCUCACUGGACUCAACGGUCUCCUCUGGGAUUGGCAGCACCAGUACCCAAACUUCUGUCCCUGAUGACCCAGAACAGUUUGAAGUUAUCAAACAACAGAAGGAAAUUAUUGAGCAUGGAAUCGAGUUGUUCAACAAGAAACCAAAAAGAGGAAUUCAGUAUCUUCAAGAGCAGACGAUGUUGGGCUCUACUCCGCAGGACAUUGCACAGUUCCUGCACCAGGAGGAUCGUCUGGACUUUACUAUGAUAGGGGAGUUUCUGGGGGAAAACGGCCGAUUUAACAGAGAAGUGAUGUAUUCCUACGUGGACCAGCUGGAUUUCUGUGAUAAGGACUUUGUCUCCGCUCUGCGUCUCUUCCUAGAAGGUUUCCGUCUGCCUGGAGAAGCCCAGAAAAUUGACCGACUUAUGGAAAAAUUUGCUGCACGAUACUUGGAGUGUAACCAGGGACAGACUUUAUUUGCCAGUGCAGACACUGCCUAUGUCCUGGCCUUUUCCAUUAUAAUGCUGACAACAGAUCUGCACAGUCCCCAGGUGAAAAAUAAAAUGACGAAAGAACAAUACAUUAAAAUGAAUCGAGGUAUAAAUGACAGCAAGGAUCUUCCGGAGGAGUACCUAUCUGCAAUUUUUGAUGAAAUUGAAGAUAAGAAGAUUGCAAUGAAGGAAACAAAGGAACAUACAAUUGCUAACAAGUCUACAAAGCAAAAUGUAGCCAACGAGAAGGAGCGAAGGUUAUUAUACAAUAUGGAGAUGGAGCAAAUGGCGAAAACAGCUAAGGCUCUGAUGGAAGCUGUGAGCCACGCAAAGGCACCGUUCACCAGUGCCACCCACCUGGAGCAUGUGAGACCAAUGUUUAAACUUGUUUGGACCCCACUUCUGGCUGCCUACAGCAUUGGACUCCAGGACUGUGAUGAUAGUGAAGUAGCUAAUCUGUGUUUAGAGGGGAUACGCUGUGCAAUCAGGGUUUCCUGUAUCUUUGGCAUGCAGCUUGAGAAAGAUGCGUACGUCCAGGCUCUCGCUCGCUUCUCUCUGCUGACCGCCAGCUCAAGUAUCACGGAAAUGAAGCAGAAGAACAUUGACACUAUCAAGACCCUGAUCACUGUGGCUCACACUGACGGCAACUACCUCGGCAAUUCCUGGCAUGAGAUUCUGAAGUGCAUCAGCCAGUUGGAGCUUGCCCAGCUGAUUGGGACAGGAGUUAAAACGCGCUACAUCUCUGGAACUGGGCGGGAACGCGAAGGGCUUAUGAAGAGUUACACAUCUGGAGGAGAGGAGUUCAUGGGGAUCGGGCUGAGCAAUUUGGUUGGUGGUGGGGUUGACAAGAAACAGAUGGCCAGUAUUCAAGAAUCUGUUGGAGAGACCAGCUCGCAGAGUGUGGUUGUUGCUGUAGAUAGGAUAUUUACUGGAUCAACACGGUUAGACGGAAAUGCUAUAGUUGACUUUGUCCGCUGGCUGUGUGCUGUCUCAAUGGAUGAACUGGCCUCACUCCAUCAGCCACGGAUGUUCAGCUUACAGAAAAUAGUGGAGAUUUCUUACUACAACAUGAACCGCAUCAGACUGCAGUGGUCAAGGAUAUGGCAAGUGAUUGGAGACCAUUUCAACAAGGUUGGCUGCAAUCCUAAUGAAGACGUGGCUAUUUUUGCUGUGGAUUCCCUAAGACAGUUAUCCAUGAAGUUUCUGGAAAAAGAUGAACUUGCUAAUUUCCGCUUCCAAAAGGAUUUCCUGCGUCCUUUUGAGCACAUUAUGAAGAAAAACAGAUCCCCCACGAUCCGGGACAUGGUGAUACGCUGCAUUGCACAGAUGGUUAACAUGCAGGCAGGGAACAUUCGCUCAGGAUGGAAAAAUAUAUUUGCUGUGUUUUACCAGGCGGCCUCUGACAGUAAUAGGAAUAUUGUGGAACUAACCUUCCAAACUGCGAGCCACAUUGUCACAAAUGUUUUUCAGCAUCACUUCCCAUCAGCCAUUGACUCUUUCCAGGAUGCAGUAAAAUGUCUGUCCGAGUUUGCUUGUAAUGCUGCCUUUCCAGACACCAGCAUGGAGGCCAUCCGACUAAUCCGUUACUGUGCAAAGUACGCAUCUGAGAAGCCACAGGCACUGAGGGAGUACACCAGUGAUGAUAUGAAUGUGGCUCCUGGAGACAGAGUUUGGGUCCGUGGAUGGUUUCCAAUUUUAUUUGAGCUUUCCUGCAUCAUCAACAGAUGUAAACUGGAUAUACGAACAAGAGGCCUCACUGUAAUGUUUGAAAUUAUGAAAAGUUAUGGCCACACAUUUGAAAACCACUGGUGGCAUGACUUGUUCCGCAUCGUGUUCCGGAUAUUUGACAAUAUGAAACUUCCAGAACAGCAAACAGAGAAAUCUGAAUGGAUGACAACUACCUGUAACCAUGCACUUUAUGCAAUCUGUGAUGUCUUCACUCAGUUCUAUGAGGCCCUGAACAGCGUCCUGCUCUCUGAUAUCUUUGCCCAGUUACACUGGUGUGUUAAACAAGACAAUGAGCAGCUAGCUCGAUCCGGCACCAACUGUCUGGAGAACCUGGUAAUUCUGAACGGAGAGAAAUUUAGUCCUGAGGUUUGGGAUCAGACGUGUAACUGCAUGUUGGAUAUCUUUAAAACCACCAUACCAAGUGUAUUAUUAACUUGGAGGCCGUCAAGGAUUGAAGAUGACUCUUCAGAAAAACGCUAUGAUUUGGAUAUUGAUCGUCAGUCACUGAGCAGUCUGGACAGGAAUCCCUCUGAGAGGGCUCACAGCCAGCAGUCUAAUACUACAGAGGAGAACUGGAAAGGAAAACCCAGCGAGAGGCUAGCUGACCAGAAGCUGUUUGCCGGUCUCCUCAUAAAGUGUGUUGUGCAGCUUGAAUUAAUCCAGACCAUCGAUAACAUUGUCUUUUUCCCGGCUACCAGCAAGAAAGAAGAUGCCGAGCACCUGGCAGCUGCACAGAGAGACACGUUGGAAGAUGAUAUCCACAUUGAAUCAGAGCACCAGGGAAUGUACAAGUUUAUGUCCACACCGCAUCUCUUUAAACUGCUGGAUUGUCUACAGGAAUCUCACUCAUUCGCCAAGGCGUUUAAUUCUAACAAUGAACAGAGAACGGCGCUGUGGAGAGCAGGGUUUAAAGGCAAAUCCAAGCCCAAUCUGUUGAAGCAAGAGACCAGCAGUCUCGCCUGUUGUUUACGGAUUCUCUUCCGGAUGUACACAGAUGAGCAGCGCAGAGCCUCUUGGGAGGACAUAGAGAAGAGACUGUUAAGUGUAUGUAGCGAAGCCCUUUCUUACUUUAUUACUGUAAAUUCCGAGAGCCAUCGAGAGGCUUGGACCAAUCUGUUACUGUUACUUCUGACCAAAACCCUUAAAGUUAGUGAUGUAAAGUUUAAAGCGCACGCCUCGAAGUAUUACCCACACCUGUGUGAGAUCAUGCAGUUUGACCUGAUUCCUGAGCUCCGCGCUGUGCUGAGAAAGUUUUUCUUGCGUAUCGGAAUUGUAUAUAAGAUCUGGAUGCCAGAAGAGCAAUCACCACUGGACAGUACACGUCCUUCUACAUAAUAUGUUCUGUCAGCAGUCUGUGGAAUAUGGGACAGAGGGGGCUCUUCCUGUCAGGGUGGAGGAAUGUUGGCAAUUAUAAGCAACACUUUAUUCUGUAGAACAACCCUGGUUAAAUGACUGUCCUGACGUUACCAUCCAGGAUUUUAUGUUACUCGUCUGUUCUGACUCCAGUAGUCUGCGUCAGAACAGCAGAAGUCUGCUCGCCUCUUGCCAGAUGACCCCACAUUGUUGUGUAGGUUUAUCAGUUUUGAAACAUGUUAAAUUAAAGGGUGUGCUGUCAUGUCUUUGUUUUCCUUAAUGUAUUGAUUGGCUGCAGAGUUUGGAAUUAUUUUAGUUUUUAGACGGAUGAGACAAAUUCUAUAUUUUUAUUUUUGCUACUUGGUCUGAAGCUUUUUCAUAGUCUCAAUGUAUUUUACAAUUUCUCUUCUGUUUUAUGGUUGGUUCGUUCCUGCUCUCUGCGUUGUUUUUGCUGCUUCACUGUAUGAAACACAAACCUGAGUUGGUUUAGGGGGAAAUUAAUGAAUAAUGGGUCUGAAUCUCCUGUAUAACGUUCUGGGCUAUUGGCAUCACACAUACUGUGUUACAUAUCUGUUGGAAACUACUGGCGUGCCAUGUGUUAAGUAUUGCAACUCUCACUUUUUAUUAUUAUUAUUUAGGAUGUUCUUCCUGGUGGAACAUUGAUUUGUAGAAUUAUCCAUUCACACAUUAACAAAUUAGAUGUGCGGGCACUAAGGGGUAUAUUUACUAACGUGUGGGUUUAUAGAAAUGGUAACCAAUCCGAUUCUAGCUAUUAUCUUCUAGAAGGUGCUAGAGAAAUGAUAAGUAGAUUGUGUUUGGUUGCUGUGAACAACAUCUGCACGUCUAUAAACCCGCACUUAGACAGCAGACUUUCCCCUAAUUUUGUCUCAGCUGUCAAUGGAGUUCUCAACCUGCUUGUUAUAGAGAAGUCUUAUAAACAGCAGACUGACAGCUUACCGGAAUUUCUCAUACACAUUCAACCAGACACUUUCUAGAUCUUCCUCUGUACCUUUCACAUGAGAGAAAUAUGUAUACACAACAAUGUAUUUAUUAACUUUAUUUGAUUUUAUUAGAGGACCUUGAAACCUAAAAUAACCUUUAUGUAAAGCAUCUACAUUAAACACUUUUUAGGAUUUUCAAAAAUUAGAAAUAAGAGUGAGAUUUAUUUUUUCUCUAUGGACAGCAGAUUGUCAGGAUUCACCCAGAAACAGGAUUGGAAGUUUAGUGCGUCUGUUAAUGGAGAGCAAUAACUCUGGCUUCAUUACAUAGAAACUUCAGAAAUUGUCCUGGUAUAAUGUGAUUACACAAAUUUACUAAUCUUAUUAUAACAGUGACUCUCAUUCUGCCAACCUGUGUGCAGCGAUUUAACAUUCAGUUGGCUGCCUCCAAUUUCUUUAGUCAUUUCGCUGUAUUGGAAACACUUGCAGCAUUUAGCAAUCUGUUUCUCAAUGAACCUCCUCAUUACUUAAUGGAGAGAGCUGGACGUGUUGCACUUUUUUCACUAACUUAAUCUCAAAUCACGUUUAAACAUUUUACAUUAAAUGUUACCUUUUUUCAGUCUCAUUACUUCCGAUCUGUUCUAAAAAUUCACUGUAAACUAAUGGUUUGCAAAUAAUUAUACAAGUACAUUGUACAAAUCCAGUACAAUGAGUGUAAGGUAAUACAAUAUAUAUAAAAAUGUAAGAUAGGUGUUGUGAUGGUGUUAUCAUACAUAGGGUGAGAGUGACAACACCCCAUAACUUUUGGUUCUUGUGUAAAAAUUGGUACUAUAAUUUAAAUUUUUAGCUUUAAGAUGGCAAACCUUUUUUUUUCUUAAAUUAUCAUAUCCAGACUGAUUUACUCUCAUAUUAUGGAUAUUAGAAGUCAUCAGCACUGGUGGGCAAAAUAAUGCAGAAUUUAAAAGCUAGCCAGUCGGUAAAUUCUAGUUGCGAUCAGGAUUUUCUAAGAUGCUUCUCAAACUUCAGGCCAUAAGUUUCUAUUGAGGUGAUAUGAAGGCUGAGUACAUUUAUACAGGGAGCUCUGAGGCAUCUGCUAAUAAUAUUCAUUUAGUCCACAGUAAGAGAGUGUUACCCCUAAUAUUACAGGAGUGUUCUUAAUCUGUACUGAUGUCAUGUUAUAGAGCACUAUGUUUACGUUUAUAUAUAAGAUCCAUGCCAACUCUAUGUUUAAACCGAAAAUCUAAUGAGAUCUAGCUGCAUGUGUUUUAUCAGUGUUUAUAUGCAACCUUGGUUCCCCAGAUUUAUUCCUCCCAAUAUCUGGACUAUGAUCUUCAUUUCAGAAGGGAGAAUAGAGGAGGAUGUUCUGGUGGCUCCAGAACAAAUACUAUUUGAUUGCUUCCACUGUAAAGAAUCUGGGACUGAUAAUUCUGUUACAAAAGUCAGUAUUCCGUUCAGCCAAAGUACUAGAAAGAUGAGAUUCUCAGUCUGCUAUUAUUAAUAAGAUGUACAUUUUGCAUAUAGGUAGGUUGAUUGCUCAGCUACUUACCUUAGUAAUAAUAUUGCAGCAGGCAAUUGCAAGAUAUAUGUGCAGCCCAUCCCAGUAUGUCCCCCUACACUUCUUGAUCACACACAUAUAUAUGCGCUGUUUGUUUUCAUUCUGUUUCAAAUGUCUAAAUUAUUUAUUUUCUCAGAUAAAUUAUCUAUAAUUUUUAAAGCAAAUUACCUAUAAACUCUGUGAUGUUAUGGAUUUUGAAGUUGCUGAUUACAGACAAACUCUUCUGGAUGUAUACAUUUUGAAAUAAUAUGAAAUGCUAUGUAAAUUUUUCUAUGUAAGAUAAUGUAUCAUAUUGUUGUUAUAUAUUAUGCUUUAAUCAGGUGGUAAAUCAAUAAAGCUUUAAUGGUGGACUGUAACAACCAUA